UCUCUCUAUUUUUUUUUUGUUCCUCCCUCUCUCUCUCUAGGUGCAGCAUCGUUUUCUGGUCCUAGAAGCUCUUUUUCCGUCUCCUUACCCUUCACUUCUGCGAGAUUGUCUGCUAACAGUUUUUUUUAUCAAAACCACAUAAUACACACAUACAUCGCAUUUGGGUCUCUUCACAGCGUGGGGUUUAAUUGGAGCUCUGAUUUAGUGUUUUUAUUUUAUUUCAUUCGAUUAAUUAAAAUCUGGGUUGAAGAAAGUGCGUGGUCUGUGUUCAUCGCAAUGGAAGCUAAUUCUUCCGGGGAAGAUUGCUGUGUGAAAGUGGCAGUUCAUGUCAGGCCAUUGAUAGCCGAUGAGAAGCUUCAGGGCUGUAAGGACUGCGUCGUUGUAGUGCCUGGGAAGCCUCAGGUGCAAAUUGGUAGCCAUUCAUUUACAUUCGACCAAGUUUACGGCAGCACCGGAUCCCCAUCGACUGCCAUGUACGAAGACUGCGUCGCACCUCUUGUCGAUGGUUUGUUUCAAGGAUAUAAUGCCACGGUUCUUGCCUACGGACAGACGGGGUCGGGGAAAACAUACACGAUGGGUUCUAGCGUUAAAGAUGGAUGCGAAAAUGGACUAAUUCCGAAAGUUAUGAAUGCUUUAUUCAGCAAGAUUGAUGCCCUGAAAGAUGAUAUUGAAUUCCAGCUACACGUUUCCUUCAUCGAGAUUCAUAAAGAAGACGUAAGAGAUUUGCUCGAUCCGAGCUAUGUUAAUCGGCAAGAGAUGAUCAAUGGGCAUGCUUCGAAAGUAACCAUCCCCGGGAAGCCUCCUAUACAGAUUCGGGAAACAUCUAAUGGUGUAAUAACACUUGCGGGUUCUACGGAGCGCAGCGUCAAGACGCUCAAAGAAAUGUCCGAAUGUCUCGAGCAAGGUUCGCAAAACAGGGCAACCGGGAGUACCAAUAUGAACAAUCAAUCGAGUCGCUCCCAUGCUAUUUUCACCAUCACAAUGGAGCAGAUGCGGAGGCUUCAUCCGGGAAAUUCUAACGAUAGCAAUGUACAUGAUUAUAUGGCGGACGAGUAUCUCUGCGCCAAGCUGCAUUUGGUGGAUCUUGCUGGAUCGGAGCGUGCGAAGAGGACAGGGUCGGAUGGCUUACGAUUUAAGGAGGGAGUUCACAUCAAUAAGGGCCUUCUUGCACUCGGCAAUGUUAUAAGCGCACUUGGCGAUGAAAAAAAGCGAAAAGAAGGUGUUCAUGUCCCAUACCGGGACAGCAAACUUACUCGGCUACUGCAGGAUUCUCUUGGUGGCAACAGCAGAACAGUAAUGAUAGCAUGUAUUAGUCCUGCGGAUAUAAAUGCCGAAGAAACUCUUAACACCUUGAAAUAUGCCAAUCGUGCUCGUAAUAUACAGAACAAACCUGUGAUUAACAGAGACCCCAUUGCUAAUGAAAUGCUGAAGAUGCGUCAACAAUUAGAAUAUCUGCAAGCUGAACUUUGUGCCAGGAAUGGAGGAGUUUCAUUUGAUGAUAUACAGAUUCUCAAGGACAAGAUUGCCUGGCUUGAAGCUACCAAUGAAGAGCUGUGUCGGGAACUUAAUGAAUUUCGCAACAAUGGCAGUGGUGCCAUUGACCAAUAUAAAGUCACCACCAAAAUUAGCGGAGCUGGUGCCAUGAAAAGUGAAGGGCUCAAAAGAGGAUUGCAAAGUAUUGAGUCGUGUGAUUAUCAAAUGAGUGAAGGAAGUGAUUCUGGGGAUAUCGAUGAAGAUACGGCCAAGGAAUUGGAGCAUACUUAUUUACAGAACACUAUGGACAAAGAGUUGAGUGAAUUAAACCGACAGUUGGAGAAGAAGGAGUCAGAGAUGAAACUAGUUGGAGGAUAUGACACCAUAGCACUCAAGCAACACUUUGGGAAGAAAUUAAUGGAACUUGAAGAGGAAAAAAGAACUGUGCAGCUGGAAAGGGACAGGCUUUUGACUGAAGUUGAGAACCUUUCAGCUAAUUCUGAUGGACAAGCUCAUAAAUUGCCAGAUGUUCAUUCCCAGAAACUAAAACUUCUUGAAGCUCAGAUACAAGAUUUAAAGAAGAAACAAGAGAAUCAGGUUCAGCUUUUGAAGCAGAAACAGAAAAGUGAUGAUGCAGCCAGAAAAUUACAAGAGGAAAUACAAUGCAUCAAGGCGCAAAAGGUGCAACUGCAACACAAGAUUAAACAAGAAGCUGAACAAUUUCGACAGUGGAAGGCAUCCCGGGAAAAGGAAUUGCUGCAGUUAAAGAAGGAGGGAAGAAGGAAUGAGUACGAAAGACAUAAACUGCAAGCAUUGAAUCAGCGGCAGAAAAUGGUUCUUCAGAGAAAAACAGAGGAAGCUGCAAUGGCUACUAAGAGAUUGAAAGAAUUGCUAGAAACUCGGAAAUCUACUACAGCUCGUGAAAACUCAGUGAAUAGCAAUGGUAAUGGAUUAAACGGGCAGACCAAUGAAAAGUCCUUGCAGCGAUGGCUUGAUCACGAGCUUGAAGUUAUGGUCAAUGUUCAUGAAGUUCGUUACGAGUAUGAGAAGCAAAGUGAAGUACGAGCUGCAUUGGCUGAAGAGCUGGCAGUUUUGAGACAAGUCGAGGAAUUUGCUUCCAAUGGUGUCAGCCCUCCUAGAGGAAAAAAUGGCUUUUCUAGUGCAUCUUCAAUGUCACCUAAUGCAAGAAUGGCAAGAAUUGCUUCUCUUGAAAGCAUGCUGAGCAUUUCGUCGAAUUCGCUCGUUGCCAUGGCCUCACAGCUCUCGGAAGCAGAAGAGCGCGAGCGUAGUGUCAGCGGCCGUGGCCGCUGGAACCAGCUACGAUCCAUGGGGGAAUCCAAAAACUUGCUCCAACAUAUGUUCAAUUAUCUCGUCGAUGCAAGGUGCCAGCUGUGGGAAAAGGAGAUCGAAACGAAAGAGAUGAAAGAGCAUAUGAAGGAACUUGUUGGCUUAUUGAGACAGAGUGAAAUCAGGAGAAAGGAAAUCGAGAAGGAGCUUAAGUCGCGCGACCAAGUGGCUACUUUGUUAGCUACGCCGCCUCCGGUAUAUAUAUCUAUAUAUAUCUGUGGCUUGUCUCGUCUCGAUUUUCUUACAUUGUGUUUCGACUUUCUUACGCUCCAGGCUAAUUCGCACAAACACAUUGCUGAUGAAAUGAGCAGUCCUUUGUCUCCGAUCCCGGUGCCCGCACAAAAACAGCUCAAAUAUACAGCCGGGAUCGCCAAUAGCUCAGUGAGGGAGUCGGCAGCAUUCACUGAUCAAACACGAAAGAUGGUGCCUAUCGGACAACUGUCGAUGAAGAAAUUAGCGCUGGUCGGACACGGCGGGAAGCUAUGGAGAUGGAAGAGGAGCCAUCAUCAAUGGCUGUUACAGUUCAAAUGGAAGUGGCAAAAGCCUUGGAGACUCUCCGAAUGGAUUAGGCACAGCGACGAGACGAUCAUGAGGACAAGGCCGCGCCCGCAGCCUCUCCCCGACGUCAUGUAUAGAAACGGACACUAGCUUGUGUGUGUCUCGACGCCGUUCAUUCUUUUUACCCGUUCCCGACAGGCGGUGACAACGAUUGGAAUACGAGCAAGUUGAGGCAUAAGCAGAAGCCGGCGAACAAUGGACGUUAGAUUGAACAGGUUUUUCGACCGUGGAAUUUUGUAGCGACGAUCGAUCCGGCCGCCGUCGCAACGAUGCUACGACGGACGGACGGCAUGGACAGACAGAUGUGUAAUAUGUUGGGAUUGUGAUAUGUAUAGGGAAGUUGGUGUUGCAUUUCAACGUGUUGUGUUCUUCGUUGUUGUAUGUAUAAUGUACAUAUGCACGCUUUGUGUAGAUGUUUUAUUUUUUGGGGGGAAAUUGAUUUUACUCAUAAAUACUAGUACAUCAUUAUUAGUGUAAUUUUUGCAUAUACU